CUCACAUCUUGGGAAGAGCUUGGCUGAGUGGCAGACAGUGCAGGGUUGCGGAUUGGGAAAAGCGAUCUCCCAGCUAUCCCGCUACACUUGUAAGGUUAGUCGAAGUGGUGGGCGAGGCAGAGAGCCUCGGCGCCUCAGCUGUUUGAGGAUGGGAAGUCGCGGCCAGAACUCUGUGUGAAGAGGAGAGGUCGGGGCCAGAGAUACUGGAGGGAGCUGGUACUGCGACUCUCACAAGUCCAGCAAAAUAUCCAAUUGAGAAUCCACACCCUUUCAACUCUGAACCCAAAUGGCUCAGUGGGAGAGACUGCAGAACAUUGAUAGCCCGUUUCAGGACCAGCUGGACCAACUGUACUUACACAGCCUCCUUCCAGUGGACAUCCGACAGCACUUGGCUGUCUGGAUUGAAGACCAGAACUGGAAGGAAGCUGCACUAGGCAAUGAUAAUUCCAAGGCCAACAUGCUAUUCUUCCAGUUUGUGGACCAACUGAACAAUGAAUGUGGCCGCUGCAGCCAAGACCCUGAGUGCUUACUGUUACAGCACAACCUGCGGAAAUUCUGCCGGGACAUUCAGGCCUUACCCCAGGGCUCUACCCAGUUGGCUGAGAUGAUGUUUAAUCUCCUUCUGGAAGAAAAAAGAAUUCUGAACCAGGCUCAGAGGGCUGAAGUGGAACAAGGAAAUACAACUCUUGAAGUACCCGUGGAGAGCCAGCAGUCUGAGAUUGAAUCCCGGAUCCUGGAUUUAAGGGCUAUGAUGGAGAUGCUGGUGAAGUCCAUCAGACAACUGAAAGACCUUCACGAUGUCUUCAGCUUCCGAUACAUGAUACUCGAAAAAGGGAAGACAUCCUCCUCAGACCCGAAUCAAAGCAAACAGCUACAGCUUGUGCAAGAAACUCUUAAUGAACUGGACAAGAGGAGAAAGGAGGUGCUGGAUGCCACCAAAGCACUGCUAGGCCGAUUGACCACCCUCGUUGAGCUACUGAUUCCAAAGUUGAAUGAGUGGAAAGCCCAGCAGCAAAAAGCCUGCAUUGGAGCACCGCUAAAGCUUGGGUUGGAAGAGCUGGAGAAGUGGUUCACAGCUGGAGCAGAGCUGUUGUUUCACCUGAGGCAGCUGCUGAAACAGCUGAAGGAACUGAGCGACAUGGUUCACUAUGAAGGUGACCAUCUGAAGGAAGGGGUAGAGCUGCUGAAUGCCCAGGUCACAGAGCUGCUACAGUAUCUGCUGGACAGGGCCUUUGUGGUGGAAAAACAGCCCUGCAUGCCACAGACACCCCAUCGGCCCCUUAUCAUAAAGACUGGGAGCAAGUUCACUGUCCGAACCAGGCUGCUGGUAAGACUCCAGGAAGGCAACGAGCCACUAACGGCAGAGAUCUCCAUUGACAAGAAUCCUCCUCAAUUACAUAGCUUUCGAAAGUUCAACAUCCGGACCUCAAACCAGAAAACUUUGACCCCUGAGAAGGGGCAGAGACAAGGCUUAAUUUGGGACUUUGGCUUCCUGAUGCUUUUGGAGCAACGUACAGGUGGUUCAGGAAAGGGCAACAGUAAGGGUCCGCUGGCUGUGACAGAGGAACUGCACAUCAUCAAUUUCACAGUCAGAUACAUGUACCAGGGUCUGCAGCUGGAUCUGAAAACGGACACUCUCCCUGUGGUGAUUAUUUCUAACAUGAACCAACUCUCCAUUGCCUGGGCCUCAGUUCUCUGGUUCAAUCUGCUCAGCCCAACCCCCCAGAACCAGCAGUUCUUCUCCAGCCCCGCUAUGGCCCCCUGGAGCUUGCUGGGCCCUGCUCUCAGUUGGCAGUUCUCCUCCUACGUUGGCCAAGGCCUCAACCAGGAGCAGCUGGGCAUGCUGAAGGAAAAGCUGUUCGGGAAGAACUCUAAGAUGGAGAAUUCGUUGUCCUGGGCUAACUUCAGUAAGCGAGAGAGCCCCCCUGGCAAGAUACCGUUCUGGACAUGGCUGGACAAAAUUCUGGAACUGGUACAUGACUACCUGAAGGAUCUGUGGAAUGAUGGGCACAUCAUGGGCUUUGUGAGCCGGAGCCAGGAGCGUCGGCUGCUGAAGAGAACCAUCUCUGGCACCUUUCUGCUCCGGUUCAGUGAAUCAUCGGAAGGAGGCAUUACCUGCUCCUGGGUGGAGCACCAGGAUGAUGAUAAGGUGGUCAUCUAUUCUGUGCAGCCGUAUACCAAGGAGGUGCUGCAGUCCCUCCCCCUGACCGAAAUCAUCCGCCACUACCAGCUGCUCACCGAGGAGAACAUACCAGAGAACCCGCUGCGCUUCCUCUAUCCCCGAACGCCCCGCGAUGAGGCUUUUGGGCGCUACUACCAGGAAAAAGUUAAUCUUGAGGAACAGAGGAAAUACCUGAAACAUAAGCUCAUUGUGGUCUCUAACAGGCAGGUGGAUGAGCUGCAGCAACCUCUGGAGCUUAAACAGGAGCCAGAACUGGAGUCCUUAGAGCUGGAGCAAAGGCUGAUGCCAAAGCUAGAGCUGGGGAUUGGCCUGGAGUUAGAGCCACUGCUGGAGACAAGGCUGAAUCUGGGCUCAGAGCUGGAGCCCGUGUUGGAGUCUAUGCUGGAGCCAGGGCUGGACCUGGAGCCCACACAGUUCAUGGCAUCACAGCCAGUGCCAGAUUCAGAUUUGCCUCAUGAUCUGCAACACUUAAGCACUAAAGACAUGGAAAUCUUCAGGAACACUGUGAAUAUUGAAGAUAUCAUGCCGAAUGGUGACCCACUGUUGGCUGGCCAGAACGUCAUGGAUGAGCCUUACAUGUCCUGCCCCAGCCAUUUCUGCACAGAUGGACCCUUGAAUCCUGACUGCUAGGAUUCAAGCUACAUUUCCUGUGUUCCUUCUAUCUUUUGUCCUUCCUACCCCUAACAUCAUGAUGCUGCUCUCCAAUGAUGGGAAAUCCAGCAUUCUAACCUGGAGUUUGCAGGGAGGUGAAAGCAUAACUUGGGUAUGGAAGGUAUGGUUCACUGGUCCAGUGAACCAUAACACAUGCUGGCCAUAGUUCUGAAAGACUGGCUUGGAGGCUGCCUUCUGCGCUGGGUGGUACAGUGGUCCUAAGGGCAGACCAGGACAGUUGGUAGGUACUUGGAGGGCCAAGGGCAAGGGCUUCCUUCCAUGUAUGAAAGGAUACCAACAUUUUAAUAGCUUCCACAGUUAAACUGAUGCACAUUAGCAUUAGGCCUUGAUGGGAAACUGCACAGACACAUGAUGGAAUUCCACCACCACCCCUUUUCUGUUUUAGGUUUUAUUAAACUUAGGACCUCAUGCAUGUUAGGCAAGUUCUCUAUUACUGAGCUAUACCCCUAGCCCUUCAUUUCUCUCCUCUGGUUCCUCCAUUUCUAGGAUAACCUUUUCCUUUUUUCUUUUUACUUCUGGCUCCAAUCCUGAAUUUCUCCUUUUCUGCAAGGGCUGAGAGCUUCCUGCUUCAGCCCACUAUGUGAAGCUCCUCUCUACAGGAGGACAUAGGAAAAAGAACUCUUCUUACCAGUCUCCUGCUCUUCUCUGUCCCCUAGGCUACCUGCAUCUAUUCCUCUCCCAUAAAAUGAUCCUGCCAUUCUUACAUGCCUGAAAAACUUUGUACAAUAAUUUAGGCUGCCAAAUCUCCACUUCCCCAGUGCUUAAGGGAUAAAAACCACUCUUAGAGGCUGGGAUGGAAAGUUUGCUGGGAAUUUGGGAAUUGCUUUUUGUAGUAUUGAAUAUAAUUUGGUGUUUUUACAGAAGAGAAGUACUCAGUCUUAGCUUUUUUUUUUUUUUUUUUUUAGUCUUAGCUAUUUUUCUAUUAAGAUAUCAUUGCUUCUUUUGUAAAUAUAUUGUUGACCCGAAGAAGGGAAGAUUUCUAUUUCUUGGGUAUGGACCUGAGCAGAGACCAAGUUCCUAGAAUUUAGAACCUUGAAUUUUGAUCAUAGAACCCUGGACAUCCUCACACCUUAGCCAUUCCCAGGGAACCUCAGGGGCAACUGUCAUUGCUCUAAGAUGGGUUUCUGGUGUAACUUGGAAUGUAAAUGAAAGUGAAGUCCUGCACAUGGGGCUGUUUUCCUGCCUGGAAUGUCAGUGGAACCGUCAUCCUGAUCUGAAAGGGCCCUUCCUGAGCAGAAAUACCUAAUAAACUGUCCUGACGUGGAAGUGCCUCAUUGCAGAACUUCUUUACUUCUCUGCUCAUAAAGAUUAAAGUCCUUAAGACAUCAGCAUAUAGGAAUGAGGCCAGUAAAUUGUGCCUCUCUUCCAUUGACCCCGGGAAGCCCCUGUUGUGUUUCUUCCCUCUUGCUUGGAUCAGCCCUUCCUGCCCCUCAGACUCUUUAAGGUGGGGGUGAAUGGUUAUAUAUAUCACUGUCCCAUUGUCACUCCUGUGAUUGGGGCAAUGCCAAAACAUAAACCCAGGCCUGGCUCCAUGCAUGUUCUUUUGAUGCUGGGACUAUGGAGAAAAACAAAGGAAAUAAUCAUCACCCCCUUUCCUCUUUUUUUUUUUCCCCAAGAACUUUUUCUUUUCUUUUUUUAUACAGUCUCACUGUGUAGUUCAGGCUGGCCUCAAAUAUACAGUGAUCCUACUGCCUAAGCUUUCUGAGUGCUGAGAUCAUAUGUGUGUGCUGUCUCACUAGGCUUCCAAACUCCCUUCUGAAGGGUCUACAGGUGUCUCUUAAGGGAGACCCCCAGUCGUUUAGGAGAUUUACCUUCAUCUUCCUAGAAUCCCUUUCCUGCUCAAAACUUUGCUCUGACUUUGAUCCUGCAGUGAUCAGGGUCCUGUCUUUGGCUAUAUUCUUGUCCAAGAAAGCAAGGAAGAAGGCUGUGGGUGAGGGAGCAAGCGACCUCAAGGUGUGCCUCCACUUCCUAAUCACAAUCCCUUGCUGGGGAUUUAGCUCAGUGGCCCCAUGCCUGCCUCUCAAGCUCAAGGUCCUGAGUUCAAUCCCCAACACUACCACCAAAAAAACCCCACCUCAAUCACAACCCCUUUAAACCCCAUUCUGCUUGUUCAACCAUCCACAUAUUGAUACAAAAACAAACAAAAAACACAUAUUCUUUUUUCUUUUUCUGAUUUUUUGAGAUAAGGUCUCACUAUGUAGUUCAGGCUGGUCUUGAAUUCACUAGCCCAGGCUAGCCUCGAACUCAUGGUGAUCCUCAUGCCUCACCUCCUGAGUGCUGGGACAACAGGCGUGUGCCACUAUGCCUGGCUCCAAAUAUUCUUUACAUCAGGGAAUCAUGAAGGAAUAUCACAGGCUGGGUGUGGUGAUACACACCUAUAAUCUCAGCAUGAGGGAGAUUACCUGUCUCAAAAAAAUCACUGUCCACCUAGCCCUUCAGAAUAGGAGAAUGGGUGUUUUGUAAUCCCUUGGUCCUACUUUCCUUCUACUUUUUUCCAACCGAGCCUAGAAAUUAGACUUAGAGAGUCACAUAAAUAAGUCUUUAUUGAAAAAAA